AUGCGUGUAUACACACGCACGCGCAGACACGAGAGUGCUAGAGAGACGCAUCACGCCCAUCUUCACACCGCGGAAUCUCCGCCAGCUGCGCAGCCUCGCCAUCCUGAACAUCAGGGUAUUCCGUUGGCCUACGCAAAUUCACCGGAGUUAUUUAUUUAUUUGAAAUUAUAUAAUAGGAACUGGCAAGACAUACACUCCCGUUUCCAACCGACACACGGACUUGAUAAUCAGUGUAAGGUCGUGGUAAAACACAAGAACGAGGAGCCUGUAGAAAAGUGUCCUGCCAACCACACUUCAGCCAUGGCUGACCCCUCGGAAACCCCGCUGCGCUCCCCCAGCACCCCUCUCUCUCUAUCCUUCCCUUUCCUGAGAGAGGGCAGCCGUGUAUGGGAGGGCGGAGCUCCACCCCUCCCCAGGGAGCUGCUUAGUCCUCUGCCAACCAAGCGCACCCGAACAUACUCAGCUACUGUGCGGGCCACUUCGGGACCAGUAUUCAAGGGCGUGUGUAAGAACUUCUCCAGGUCACAGGGUCACGGUUUCAUUCGCCCCUCUCACGGUGGCGAAGACGUCUUUGUGCACAUCUCAGAUAUUGAAGGGGAGUAUGUCCUGGUGGAGGGGGAUGAAGUCACAUACAAAGUCUGCCGGGUCCCCCCUAAAAACCUGAAGGUCCAGGCAGUGGAGGUGAAGAUAAUACAUCAGAACCCAGGAACCAAGCACGAGACCUGGUCUGGACAGAUAAUCAGCUCCUAGGCUUCGGAUCAGGCCUGUGAGUCACACUGGGGGAGGGCAGGGGUGGAAAGAAGUGGAGCGGGAGGUGAGGUACUUCUGGAUGAAACAAAACAUUGGUGGGGGAGUACUGAAUUUAGAGACUCUAUACUUCUCCUCCAUAGUGCAUGCUUUGAGUUGACCAAAUUAAUUCAAAUGUAUUGUUUAUACAUUCCACAUAUUGAUGCAAGUCUACGAAAUGCAUGUGAGGACGUUGGAGAGAAGGAUAGAUAACCAGAAUUCAGUCUCAAUCUGUUAGACAUAAGAGCGAGUACAGGAAGUAGAGAGAGGAAGAGAGGUAGAGAGAGGAAGGAUGUGGAAGGGGAGGCCCAGGCCCGUUUGGGAGGGGAAGAGAUGAGAGUGUAUGAACAGAAGUCAAACUGCGUUGAAAAAACAGUCAUCGAUGGAAGCAUGGGGGGGGGGCAAUUGCUGUUAAGUUGGAGUGGCAGGAUAAGAGAGUCCACAUGGAGGAAUAUCAGAUUUGGGGACACUGAAAAAAGAAAACAUUCAAAAAUCUAUUUCUCUUUUACUGUGAAUGGAAAAGCUAUUGAUAGUAUUUUCCUUGGAAAAACACUUCUUCCUAUCUUUUUGUCAUAUUAUUUAUAUAUUUAUUUAUUUAGUUGUUUGUUUAAAGAAAUUGUUAUCCUAAGAAUACCUGAAAUGUAUUUCAAAGUUUUGGGUGCUGUAGUCAAUAGAUUGCACUUAAAAUUUGAAUUUCCACUGAAUACUGCCAAACUGACUACAACUCCCAUCAGGGUUUUAUUGUAUCAUGUGACUAAUUUGUAGUCCUAUUGGAGAAUUCUCUUUCAAAAAGGUACGAGCCAUGUAUUACUGCAAAGUAUGACUAAAGUGUUUCUAAAUCUCUUUUCUAUUGUUCAAGUGACAGUAUAACACUAUGAAACCCCCAUAAAGGUCAGUUAAUACAACAGCGAAGCUUUUAUAACAGUUACUGUGCUUCAUCAUUACUGAAUACUACCACUAGUCGUACUCAUGUCUGCUCAUCAUCUUCCAUAGACAUCCAUAACCACUAGCCUAUGCAUUUUCUGUCGUCAGCAUUUUGACUACUUUUAUGCAUUCUUGUUGGAUGUUAAUACUACUGUGUUCUACGUCCAGUGAAGAUAGACAAUUUUAUUUUGUCCACAUAUCAAGGGCACCUUCUUUUAUUGACACGACACUGUGGAAGGUGCUCACUAUCGUAAAGCAUCAAUAAACAUUUUACUAUUCACAGA